CGGAGCUUCUGGUUAUGGCAAAUCAACAACGGAUAAUCAACUCAAUGGUGGAUCAUGCGAUCAGGAGGACAUGGUUACGAUGCAAGCGAGCAUGAGAGCUGUUGAAGUGCGGCCGGAAAGAUGCGGUAUCUGGAGAGGUUGGGCAGUCCCUGGAGCCACUCGCACCUCACCGAGCGAACGGGGGCGUCCGGAUACCGACUGCGAAUCCUUUGUUGCAGGCUGAUCUGCUCGGGGGCUGCCUUCGGAGCUGUAAGAAUCCUCUUUAUUGCUCGAAAGCGGACCGAGGCAAGACUAUGCGCCGCGAACUUGCACGGUAGUAGAGACGAAAGAGGGGGCCAAGAGACGAUCAGCAAGUGGUGGUCUCGUCUGGCGCGAGUCAGUAGCCUGUCAAUAGUCAGUCAGCUUUACCUGGAUGAACAACGAAAGUUGGACGGGCGACCGAGUAAUCAAGCAACAAAGGAGCAAUGUGACCGUGCAGGGUUCGCAAACAAAAUGCAGGGACAGUGAGGGAUUAAAGCGACGGCUGGCAGCACAUAAACACAGACACAGGGCUAGGGGGGCAAGUCGGAAUUGAGAUAAUAAUCUUUGACAUCGGUCGGCAAAAGCAGAUAAACGUCGAGAUCGGUAUAACUCAAGUUGCAUGCACAAAAGAGCAAGAGUAGGACUGAUAGUAGCAUGUAUAACAGGGGAGGGGGGAGGUGGGUGUGGAAGGAGGGGGAAACAUUUGCAGACGAUCCGCGUAAGUAGAGAGGCUAAGGCAAAUCAAU